AUGGCGGUGGCGAGCCUGUGGUUGGUAUUCUUCUUCGCUUGCUUGCUGCUGCUGAUUUUUCUGAAGCGGAGCUGGUGCUUUUUGAGGCCGCGGAGUGGAUGGAGCACCUUGCAGCUCGAGUAUGCUCUGGCUCUGCGCUCUGCCGUGGUCUACGUGGCCAUCGGCGUGGUGCCACUGCUUUUCCCUUGCUCCGAGCGGUCUGCCAGCGCUUCUCUGAAAGGUUGGGACAGAUGCCCAGCGAGCUCGUACAGCUUGGUGCCCACCAACAUCAUGCGGAUUUAUCAUUUCCUUCCUUUCUGGUAUGCUUUCUUGGUAACUCCACAUCUUGGCUGCUUGAUCAGCGGCAUCCACGAUGCUCUGCUGGGUGCUUCCACCGGGCUUUGCAUGGCGAGUCUGCUAAAUCUGAUGAUGCCCGGCGGGGCCGGUGGGAUGAACUACUUGCCAGAGGAUUUCUGGCAAAAAGCUUGGCUGCCUUUUGGGUACCACAGCUUCGCAGCGAUCCUCUUUGCAGUCUGCUCAACAUACCUCCUGUUCUUCAGCUCGACAUCCGUUGGCCAGAAGCAAUAUGCUCUAGGAGUGUUUUCAGAGCUCCUGGUUCCUUUCAUGAACCCUCAGACAACAUCUGGGUUCCGAGCGGUGAUCUGGGAUUGGGAGUUUAACUGGAAUUGGAAUGGGGUUGCCAUGUGUGGCUUCUGGCUUGUCGUUAUUGCCAUACUGCUCGCCAUCCCGUCCCUCGGCCUCCUUCCCUGGAGCCGCGAGUCCGUGAAGAGACACAGCUGCAUGUGGUCUGCAGCCACCGAACUGGCACAACUGGCAGAGGACACGGCCGGUUGCUUGGAGUACUUGUUGACAAUCCUCCAGCAGGAAGCUUGGAAGUUUCCCUUCCACGCAGACAGCUCCAACUUUUACAUCCGACAGCUGGGCAUGCGCCGAACGACCGCAGAGGCUCUUCUGGACCAGGUGGCGUGGGAGUCGUGGGUUUCUGGCCACACACGGGAGCAACACAAGAAUCUGCAGAAAGUUGCCGCAUUUCUUCGGCAGCUACGGCAGCUCCUCCGCAUUCAGAGUGGCUUGAUGCGCUACCUCGGGCAGUCCACUGGCAGGGGCGAGCAGUUCUUGCUCGAGGACUUCGUGCUUGCCUGCAGCGAGGGCCUGGCCGCAGUGGCUCGGGAUUGCCGGGACAAGGCCGACAUCAGCACGGAGACGCGUCUAGAGCUGCAGCGCCUCGCAAAGAAAGCAGACGAAGUGCUGUGCAAGGCUCUGGAGAAGCAGGCCAAACCCGAGAAUGCGUUUUCUUCUGAGAUGGCUUUCCUGGACCAGCUGCGCUCCUGGCCUGCUGCCUUCAGCGCUUUCGAUACGCGCCAGAACGAUGCUGCACCGAGCGCAUCCGGAGGGAAGAACGCGAACAGCCGCCAUUGGUUUGCCCUCCGGAACACUGUCUCAUGGACGCUGGCACUUCUUUGGUCGGUAUAUUCUCGCGGCUACAGCAUGGGUUGUGUGGUUGCUACCUCCUUCAUUUUCUCAGAAACAUCUGGCUCGUCGUUCGACACGAACAUCAACCGCAUUCUGGGUGUUGGCAUGGGGCUGGCAGUGGGCAAUGUUCCCGCUAUACUUAUCCUCAGUGGGACGAGCGCAGAGAACACAUCCUCGAUGUUGCGCUUCUUCGCGUACUUCGUCGUCAUGUUCAUCAUGUGGACGCUAGCCAUGUUUGGCUACUUGGCCCCCGGCUCCAAGUACUAUCGUGCCUGCCUUCUGUGGGUGGGCUACGGCGGAGUGCAGAUGCUAAGACACCUCCCUCAGUUUGACCAGCCUGAUGCGGAGCUGUUCCUUACCAUCCUGGAUAACAUUGUGGCCAUCAUGGUUGUCUUCAUCGUUGACAUGGUUUUUGCCUAUGUCCAGGGCAACAGCACCGAGGAACAGGUCAAGGCAGCCGUGACUCGCUGCGCCCAGCAUGUCGCCAACGCUGUCGAGACGCUGCAGGCAGGCAAGGUGUCAGAGUUGGACAUGGACCCUCUCCAGAGGGACAUCAAGGUCGCUCGGUUCUGGGACUCCGAGAUCCAGAAAGAAGGUCUUGUGUGGACAAGGCUCUGGCAGCCGCCCUACAAGGCAGACUCAGUGCCAGCGUUGCUGGACUACUUCGAUGAGGUGUAUGUUUGGGUGUCGGCGCUGCAGAACAGCGCCAAGCGCUGUGACAGCAUUGGGCAUGCUGCCAAACUGGUGAAAGACAUUCUGCCAUCUGGCGAUGUGGAUCGAUGCCACACUUUCGUUCGAGCUAUCAAGCUAGUCGUUCAGGGCCUGGACGAGUCGCUGCAUGAACUCCACCACCUCCUGCAAGAGCCGAAUCAGAAGACCGGCUUGGCAUUCAUGUCCUCUCAGAAUCUUUGCAAUCUGCUCCAGGGGGAAACCACACCGGCUUCCACCAAAGCUUCCUUCUCGCUCCUGGAUGGCAUCAAUCUCCUGGACCUGGAUGCCCAGAGUGCGAAGCGCGCCCCGGAGGUGGCCGCCGGCGAGGCGGUGAAGUGGAGCGCCAAGGCGCUGCGCGUGUCCUUGCAGCGGAUCGGGGGGCUCAUCGCCGCGGGCUCCGCCUUUGCGGCCCGAGAUUGGCGGGUCCAGGCCCGGGCGUCUGAAGCUGUCGCUGUCAUUGCUUCGGACGACCUGGACAUUCCGCUCACCGUGCCGAGGCUGAGGCAGCGCCUAAAAAAGUCGCUGACCAGCAAGUUUUAA